AUGGCCCACCUCACCCUCGCCGCGCUCUGCGCUCUCCUGCUCUCUGUCCCUGCUCUCUCCGCCCCCAUCAAGUCCGACCAGGCCAUCGUCCCCUAUCUCGGCUCCAACGUCACCGUCGUUGAUAUGGGGAUGGGGAUGAACACCACGAUGGUUGGCCGCAGCACCGAGGACCCCAUCACCCUCGAUGUCACGGUCUACAAGAUCGAGGAGUGUGGUGGCUACCGCCACAAGGCCAUGAAGCACAAGCAGCGCGUGGUCGAGAACGAAUGCCACAACUUCAAGAAGAAGUUCAAGGGCGCUUGGAUCCACAAGGACGAAGACAGCCCGGCGCCGGUGAACGGGCGCUGCUGGGCUUCACUUUGGGAGGGGGAUGACUGUCAGGGACUCCCGUCGACGGAGUGGGUCGAUCUCGUCUUCACCAAGAAGGUCUGGGAGUACACCGACUCCACCUGCAUCGGUAACAACGACAAGGUGAAGAGCAUGCGGUUCUGGUGCAAACCUUGA